GAGCCGCUUCAUCGAACAACGAAGCAAACUGCCAAUCCUUCCCAAUAAUCUAGAAAAAAAAUUAAAAAUUAAAAAUUAAAACAGCGCCAACCCCAAUCAAAUCGUCUAGCCCAAAACUGAUUUCCUUAAUUAUCCGCUAAAAAUCUUUAAUUUUGGAUAAAGUUAAAAUCCAUAUGACAGGAACAGUCCCCACCUACUACUUUUCCUCCUUUUUAAUUCCCCCCAUUACCUCCAUUCCAUCCCUCCCUUUUCUUCAUUCUUCGUCUUCUUCUUCUUGUUCGAAGAACAAAGAGCAAUCCUCUUCUUUCGCCAGAGUCGAAUUUUUUCUCAGAAAGAAAGCAUUUUUCUUUCCUUCUCCUCUAUUUUCUUUGAAAAAAGCAGGUGGGUCUUGCCGUUUUUCCGUUUUCCAGGGUUUCUGGGCCUUGUUUGUCAUCGCAAACGUGGGAUUUUAUUUCUUUUUGUCUAGAAUCUUGUUUCUACGUUUUAAAGUUCGUUUUUUAUCUGCAAAAAGAGGUGGGGUUUCCUUGUUUGAUGCAAUAGGCUUGAUUUGCUAAGCUAUGGCUUGUUCGUCGAAGUCCGCUCUCUGCGUUUCCGGGUUAAAUGAGAUUGGGUUUAGCUCUAAACAUAAAGGGGUUUUGGGGGUUUGCCCAUCCAGUUGUUCGCUGCAAUUUGUGGAAUCGAAAUCCCAAGAUCUUCCCCUUUUGAAAUUUGAUUUUAAGGGAAAACAGUUAAUUAUUUCAGAUCAGAAGGGCUCGAGGGAUUUGAAUGUCAAAGGCCCAACUAAUUUAUCAGUCAAGGCACAAUCAUCAAUCUGCAUUAGCCGGGCUCAGAGAUGGUGGGAGAAGACCCUUAAGCCUAAUAUGGUGGAAAUUAAUUCAGCUCAAGAACUAGUCGAUUCCUUGUUAAAUGCCGGAGAUAGAUUGGUUAUUGUGGAUUUUUAUUCACCUGGCUGUGGAGGUUGCAAAGCUCUUCAUCCCAAGAUCUGUCAGCUGGCGGAAUCCAACCCAACUGCAAUAUUUCUCAAAGUAAACUAUGAAGAACUCAGAACAAUGUGUCACACUCUCCACAUCCAUGUUCUACCCUUCUUCAGACUCUACAGAGGAGCAGAAGGCCGGUUAUGUAGCUUCAGCUGUACGAAUGCAACUAUCAAGAAAUUCAAGGAUGCAUUGUCAAAGUAUGGAGCAGAUCGUUGUAGUUUAGGCCCUGCAAAAGGUCUAGAUGAAUCUGAGAUUACUAAGUUAGCAUCAGUUGGCGAGAUUUCUUUGGAUUAUCUAUUGCCACCACGUAGGAAGGAACUAAUGGAGGAUUUGAUCAUUCAAGCCAUGGACAGCUAUGGUUCCUUAAGCUUGGUGGGCAGUAAGAUGGAAGUGAAUGAAGAUAGUUCAUUAUUGAAGGUUUGAAGAAUUGUUUCAAGAUGUUUGGGAAUUGGUUGUGAAUUUCCUAUUGGCAGGUUUUGGUUUCUGGUUUCUGGUUGUAUAUAUUUUUUUUAUUUGUUUCCCCUUAAGCAGGCUUCUGUUUUUGAUGAGCUCUGCCAGUGUGGUUUUAUCUAUGAUUGGAUUGGAUACUGUGGUCUGAUUUAUAUAGAUCAAUGCAGAUAUUGCUUGAUUAUUGUUCUGUUUUACCCAUCAAGAUGAAAUGCCAUUUUAUUUUGUC